AUGUCGUUUAACUAUCGCGGUUUUAAACUCGUUUCAAGAGAAGCUGAACUGGAGACUAAACGACUCCAGACUGUUUGGGUUGAGGGGGGAGGCGCUACUGCGAAUACGGGGCGUUGGGUAGAUGCCCCUUUGCGUGCGCGCGGCUUCGCUGCGUAUGUGCGUAAAAGGGAUAAAAAGGGAUAGUGAGCGGCGCAGUAGGCUGAUUGAGCGACUUCCUUCCGCCGUCGGGGCACUAACAUGGAGAUGGGGGGUUAUAAAUACGAGCAAAACAUUUUUUCAAACGAACAAGCCUAUAGACUUCUGGAAUGCACAAGAACCUAAACGAACACAAGUCAGAUUCAAACAUGAAGGAUGUUAGAGGACUGUUUGCUGUCUUCCUGACUAUCCUUAUGGGAAGAGUCGAUGGGAUACAGCCGAGUAACGGUUACUGCAUCGGGAGCCAGUGCUUCACAGUUACCCACGAUCCCAUCGAUUACAAGACGGCGCAGAAUCAAUGCGGAGAUCAAGGCCACUUGAUGACAGUGCGUUCGACUGUAUCCAAUGAUAUUCUUACUCUCUUGUUGGGAAACAUUAAGGGUCGGUUUUGGAUCGGUUUACAUCGAACCACCGGCUGUCCAGACGCUGCUUCCAAGCUGAAAGGUUUCCAGUGGGUGACCAAAGACAGUGAAAGUGACUUUUCGAACUGGCCGGCAACUUUUAAUAACAGCUGUUCUUCUCAUCGCUGCGUCUCGGUUUCCCAAGAGGAUGAUUUUAAAUGGAUCCAGGAACCAUGCGGCGAAGUUGUAACCGGGUAUCUCUGUGAGUACAGCUUCACCGAGCCGUGCGAAAGCCGAGAAGUUGCAGACUGGGAGUCUGUCACCUACAGAAUUCCCAUGGGGUUUGAGGGCGAGGAUUUGCUGUCUCUGCCCCCUGGAAGCACCGCUAUCCAGAUGCCAGGUGAGACGAAAUACAUCUGCUCUUCCGCGCAGUGGCUGCAGGCGCCCUGGAACUGCGAGAUAAACAAGGGUGGCUGUGAGUACAAAUGCGCAGUGGACCCCAAACAUGUGCCCUUCUGCUACUGUCCGCCGGGACAAAUCGUCAACCCUGCAAAUAAAAUCACCUGCGAAGUGACCACAGAAGACCCGUGUCUUUCCCUGCGCUGCGCGCACGCCUGCUACAAAAAUGGGGACUCUUACGCGUGCAUAUGUGACCACGGCUUUAAACUGGCGCAGGACGGCAGGUCGUGCGAGGACUUCAACGACUGCACGGACGCGCGGCAGUGUCCCGGGGUGAACUUCGCGUGCGUCAACACAGUCGGUGGGUUCCAGUGCGUCUGCAAGGAUGGAUACAAGAUGACCGGCGACCUGUGCGUCGACGUGGAUGAGUGUGUGUCCGCUCCAUGUGAGCACAUGUGCACCAACACUCCCGGUAGCUACGAGUGCUCUUGUUAUGACGGAUAUAAAGAGGACCCAAACUCACCGAGUAAGUGUAAACUGCACUGCGGUGAGGAGGAAUGCGUCGCCGAGUGCGACCCGAAUGACAGGUUCCAGUGCUUCUGCCCUGAGGGUUACAUAGCAGAGGAAAGGGCAGACGUUACGGUUUGUAUUGACAUGGACGAGUGCUCUUCCUUUUUUUGUGACCAGGGUUGUGAAAACACACCCGGCAGCUAUGUGUGCUCUUGCUCUGCAGGGUAUACACUAGUUGGUCAGUAUACGUGCAUAAAAAACGAGGGUGAAACCGACUCAGAUGGAGGGUUGGAGGGCUCUGGGACUUCUACGAUUCCCAACGUCCUCCUCACAACACCUGUGCCACAUCCGGCAGAUCCAACAAGGCAGCCCUCAGCUGUGACAGUGGGGGGGCUUGUUGGGAUUAUAGUGUGCACUGUCAUUUUUAUCGUCUUGGUGGUUUUUCUGGCUCAUCACUUCCUCAGCGGUAGAGGGAAGAUGGAGGGCGCCGGUGCUCUUAAAGGUCCAGAGGACGAAGCGCACGAUUUAAGGCGAGUGACGAGUGACACUCCAAAGGAAAAAAGCUGAAGAAAAAGAUAAAGCACGACAGAUAAAGCACGACAAGUGAAUGUACAGACGAAGCCCGGAAAGCAGAUACACAGAGACAGUUUUGAAUAGGUUUUGAAGGAUGUAGAAUUCACAGUAAAACAGUAAGGGCACGGUGUGGUUAUGCAACCGGAGAUAAGGCCACUACAAACUCACACAGCAGAACAGAAGAUAUACAACCAGACUAUUAUACAAAGUUUAUUUUUUACGACGGAUAUUCACCGCAUCCAAAGACUGGUUUUAUCUACCGCUCAGCUCACAUACAACACAUCCAAUGUAAUAAAAAUAAAUGACAAAGAACUUUUUUUUUGUUUUUGUUCUUAAAGUUCAUGCUGGAAAAAUAAUUAAAUAAUAAAAAUGUGAAUAAACUACA